AAUAAUCGUAGUGAACUUUGAAGUUGUUCUUUAACUUUGAAAGCAUCUAAUUCUUUGAUGAAAAUUGCAUAUUUAAUAAUCGUAGUGAACUUUGAAGGUGUUCUUUAACUUUGUUUCUUGAUUAAGCAACGUCUGAAAUUAUAUAGUUUGAAAGCAUCUAAUUCUUUGAUGAAAAUUGCAUAUUUAAUAAUCGUAGUGAACUUUGAAGUUGUUCUUUAACUUUGUUUCUUGAUUAAGCAACGUACCUAUGUGCAGUUUACCAUCUAGCUAGCCUGAUGGUGACGAUUGUACAUAAAAAAGGCCAUAAUAUGGACUAUCAAUGAAGCAAAUGACUUACAUGCAGUACUGUCACUUUGUAAACUGUACGAGAGAGAGAGAGAGAGAGAGAGAGAGAGAGAGAGAGAGAGAGAGAGAGAGAUGGAAGAGAGAGAGGAGAGGUUGAAGAAACAGAGAGAAAAAGAUGAGAAAAUAGAAGGAGAGGGAGUGGCACUGAGUCGAACAAAAGAUCCAUAUCAAUGGGCCAUGUACGACAACUGGGAAAGCCUGAAACAACACUAUGAGGGAAACUGGGAAGAGGUAUUCAGUCCAUUGACAACGAACAAAGACACUGUACUUCACGUCGCAGCCUUUGCCGGGCGGAACGACGUGCUUGCAUUCUUGAUUCCACUUGUGCCACCUACGACCAACGACGCCCUUCGGAAAUUACGGAAUGUCUUGGUGCUGGAGAAUAGCCACGGGAACACCAUCCUCCACGAGGUGGCGGCGUCGGGAAACCUGGAAGCGGCAAGGCUGUUGGUAAGCCGCGAUGAAUGGACAAGGAGACAGCUAAUUGCUAGACGGGAUGCUGACCAAGACAAUGAGUAUGAGCCGGAUGUUGAUGCUAGCUCUAGACGUAUUGUGGAGAUUGAGAACAAGUUAGGAGAAACGCCGUUCUACAGGGCAGCUUCUUACGGUCACACAAAGUUAGUCGACUUUUUCAACACACAAAAUGUGAAUAUAGAGCACCACUUAACCAGACACGUUGAUCGCAUGUCCGUUCUUCAUAUCGCUGUCAUUAACCAACAUUUUGAAACUGCUGUUUGGUUACUGAAAAAGUACCCAUGUCUUGCAAAAAGAAGGGAAGACCAUGGUUUCACAAGCCUUCAAUUGCUAGCCCAGAUGCCAUCUGCCUUCCAAGUUUACUAUCGCAAAAGCUUAUGGAAGAUGCUUAUUCAUAAAUGCCUCUCUGAAGAUGAUAAUGUUGAUGGGGACGGUGAUAUAGAGAGCAGAUGCAUUCCACAGUUUUCCACGGCUUGCUUUUCGAAGACGCUCUCAAGAUGGCCUCGAGUGUUUUCGAUCGUGAAGCAAAUAAAAAAGGAAAAAUCACUAUCGGAGCUCACUCAUCUGCUCGUACAGAAAGACUAUUCGUGGGUAGAAAGUAAGAAAACAGAGGAAGACAAGACAAUUUCGUUGGUGUCCUUACAGAAAGAUAGUGCUGCUAUUGGUGGUGAUGGAAGAGAAACAAAAAAAUAUACUAUUUAUAACUACACCCCACUGCUUAUAGCAACUAGCACCGGAAUAUUACCUCUCGUGAAAAAGAUGUUUGAGGAACAUCCUCAGGCGGUUGAGGCGCACGAUAUCGACAAUCAACAAAACAUUUUGCAUAUGUCUAUUAAGCACCGUCAGUUGCAGAUAUUUAGGCUUGUGAAGAGAAGCAGAUCGAUAACGUCGAGGUUAACUUCGAGGAUUGACAGUGAUGGAAAUACCAUAUUGCAUCGAGCUGCAGAUAUGACAUAUUACUCUCCAGACACUCAAAGUGUAAGUGGUCCUGCGUUGCAAUUGCAAGAAGAAUUACGUUGGAUGGUGCGCGUGAGAAAGAUAAUGCCUGCUCAUUACAUCAUGCACCGCAACAACAUGGGUAUGACAGCGGAGGAGCUCUUCAAUAGACAGCAUGCAAAGCUUCUUCAGUCGGCACAAACAUGGAUAAGAGGCACUGCUCAGUCAUGCUCUGCCGUGGCAGCUCUAGUGGCCACUGUGGUCUUUGCAGCCGCCUACACUGCUCCCGGGGGUUACAGUUCAGGCGGUGUUCCUGUUCUCCGUCAUUCUCCUUUCUUCACUACCUUUAUCAUCACAGACGUUGUCUCACUCAUCAGCUCGUUGUCUUCUCUCGUCACGUUUCUCUCGAUCUUGACAUCUCCGUUUGAGUUCAAAAACUUCCAUCAAUCUCUUCCGCUCAGGCUGCAUUUAGGAUUUGCCUUUCUUUUCUUCUCGCUAGUGACGACCAUGCUCACCUUCACUGCUACAGCUGUGCUCUUGAUUCAUCUCAAUGAGGGAUUGACAACGUCUCUCCUAUGUUGCCGCCUUUCUUCCUGUGUCUGUAUUUGGGCUCAUACAGCUUCCUUUGUAUGCGGGAUUUUCUCAUGCUUUGAUGUUUCUAUUUAAGAAAGUUAAGAAGUUUAUAAUUUCGUUUUCCCUGUAAAGGAAAUCCUCAAUCAGUAAGGGUAUUAUUGAAUGUUGAUUUGUGUGUUGUAAGUCCAAACCAAAAUAAAUACCAAUAAUUACAAAUUGGUGAGAUAAUGGACGAUUGACUUCACAGCUUUUUUUAAUAUUUUUAGCUAAGCAUGUUUUUUACCAUUUACAUAUCUAUGUAGCAGAUAUCUUUCAUUUUGGGAGCUAUUAUUUAUUUAUUUAUUGAAAUGUAUUCAACAACUAGAAUUGUAAUCUCUAUUCAAUAAUCAGUGUGUGUUGUUUU